CUUUGAACUACCAGUCCCAUGAUUCCUUGCGCGGCGCCGCUUUCCCUGCUCGUCGGCAUCAUCGGAAACGGGCCACAAGGCGUCGUAGUAACCAAGCCGAAUGGCUUACUAGAAACCAGAAAUCAUAUUCUCCAAAAUAUUACGCCAAUAACUCAACUCAAAGCGCCUUUACUCCCUCAACGCUGCGCCGAGUUCGCGGUGGAAGGGAUUAAUCCACCUGAACCAGCUCGCUCGGCUCGUUUCCUUCGUGUGAGAGUGAGGGUUUUUGCGCCUCAGAGCCGGUUUCUGAUGAUUCGGUGAUCCGGAUCACGCGAGGAAUUGAAGAGUUUGCUUGAGGAUCACCGGGAAUCGAAGAGCUUUAGGCUGAAGUUGAAGAGCAUGAAGACGUUUUUGGGGAAGGUCUGAUCGUCGGCGCGAUGCAGGGCUGACGGUUGAAAUCGUGUAGGUUUUCUGAAAUCCCGGAGGCAAACACGCCGACUUCUGCCCUUUAGAGAAGAUUAACAGCACGAUGGCUUUGAGGUUUGUCUCCUGAUGUCUCUGCAGCCCUUUAAAGACGUCCAGACCUCAGUGUGCUGAAGGUGUCCGGCUUGCACGAGGUAGUUGUAGAUGCAUUUGGACCAAGAUCAGCUGCUAGAGUUGUUUUUAACGGUAAUGCACAGAUGUAGCAUGCUUUUUAAAGGCUUUUAUACUCUAAAAACUCAUGCAAUGUUUGGUAGGUGUGACCAACUAUUCCAGUAUGAACAUUUGUAAUCACUCCUGACUCUUUCUUUGAUUGCAUUCCCUUUAAUCUGGAUCCAAAUAUCAGCAUUUUCCCAUCAUUGUAGCCUGAUUUCUUCAUGACACCCAUUGGGAUCUUCAGACACCCUUCCCUGUAUAGGUGACCCAGCUUGUGUUCCAGUUAUGAUGCCUGUGCUGCAACUUCAAGAGGGUGUUGAAUGGUGGCAGUCCCAUAGGGUUGGUUAAAGAUCUGAACUGGUGUCCGAAAGGCUGUAGGUAGCAACCCUACAAGAGGUUAACCAUCACCAUUGUGUCUUUGACCUCCACAGGGCCCAUCCCUGUAGAAAGUCCACUGUUAGUCAGCUAAAUGACACUUUUGUGAAUGGUAGACAGUUGCAGAUCCUGAGAGCAUGGCAGAUAAGACGGCUCCCCGCUGUCAGCUGAGGCUGGAGUGGAUUCAUGGAUACAGAGGCCAUCAGUGCAGGAAUAACCUGUACUACACCGCGGGGAAGGAGAUCGUGUAUUUCGUGGCUGGAGUCGGAGUGGUUUACAACACCAGAGAACACACACAGAAGUUUUACUUGGGACACAACGACGACAUCAUUAGUCUAGCGCUGCAUCCGGAUAAGACCCAGGUGGCCACAGGUCAGGUUGGGAAGGAUCCGUAUAUCUGCGUGUGGGACUCGUACGCGCUGACCACCGUGUCCAUCCUGAGAGACGUUCACACUCACGGUGUGGCCUGUCUGGCCUUUGACGCUGACGGUCAGAUCUUUGAUAUUUCCUGGGACCCGUUUCUGCAGCACAGGCUGGUGAGCUGCGGAGUCAAGCACAUUAAAUUUUGGGCAUUAUGUGGCAAUGCAUUGACGCCAAAACGAGGGAUUUUCGGAAAGACGGGGGACUUGCAAACCAUCCUGUGCUUGGCGACGGCAAAAGAUGAAGUGACGUAUUCGGGAGCUCUUAACGGAGAUAUUUACGUGUGGAAGGGACUCAACCUGACACGAACGAUACAGGCGGCACACGGAGCAGGGAUCUUCAGCAUGCACUCAUGUGAGGAAGGAUUCGCCACCGGUGGGCGGGAUGGAUGUGUGAGGCUGUGGGACGUGGAUUUCAAACCCAUUACCAAGAUUGACCUCAGAGAGGCAGAACAAGGUUAUAAAGGUCUGUCCAUCCGCAGCGUGUGCUGGAGGGCUGACAGGAUCCUGGCAGGAACUCAAGACAGCGAGAUCUUCGAGGUGAUGGUGAGAGACCGAGAUAAACCGAUGCUGAUCAUGCAGGGACAUUCAGAGGGGGAGCUCUGGGCCCUCGACCUGCAUCCCAAACAACCGCUGGCCGUCACCGGCAGCGACGAUCGAUCCGUACGACUGUGGAGUUUGUCCGAACACACGCUGAUCGCUCGCUGUAACAUGGAAGAGGCCGUACGCAGCGUUUCCUUCAACAACGACGGUUCCCAGCUGGCUCUCGGCAUGAAGGACGGCUCCUUCACUGUUCUUCGUGUCAGGGACAUGACGGAGGUGGUCCACAUCAAGGACAGGAAGGAGGUCAUUCACGAGCUCAAGUUCUCACCCGAUGGCUCUUACUUGGCCGUGGGCUCCAACGACGGGUUUGUGGACACCUACGCUGUGGCCCAACGCUAUAAAAAAGUGGGAGAGUGCAACAAGUCCACCUGCUUCAUAACACACCUGGACUGGUCCGUGGACAGCCGCUUCCUGCAGACCAACGAUGGAGCUGGAGAGCGAUUCUUCUACAGGAUGCCAACCGGUAAAUUCAUGCCGAAGGAGGAAGCCAAAGGAAUCCACUGGAUGACGUGGACCUGCGUUCUCGGACCGGAGGUCAACGGAAUCUGGCCUAAAUAUUCCAACGUCAAUGACAUCAAUUCUGUGGAUGCAAACUACAGCAGUGCAGUGCUGGUGACGGGCGACGACUUCGGCCUCGUCAAACUCUUCCGAUUCCCUUGUCUUAAAAAAGCUGCCAAAUUCAAGAAAUACAUCGGCCACUCUGCCCAUGUGACCAAUGUGCGCUGGUCACAUGACCUGCAGUGGGUUCUGAGCACGGGUGGAGCCGAUCACUCUGUCUUACAGUGGAGGUUUCUGCCGGAGGGAGUCAUGAAUGGAGUUCUGGAGCCGCUGCUGCAAGAUAGCUACGCUGACUCUAACAGUGGCGAAUCUGACUCUGACCUCUCCGACGUUCCCGAGCUGGACUCAGACAUCGAACAGGAAGCCCAGAUCAACUACGAGCGUCAGGUGUAUAAGGAAGAUCUUCCUCAGCUCAAGAAGAAACUGGCUGGAUCUCUGAAGAGGCAGAAAGCGCCAGACGAGGGGCUGCGCCUGCAGUUUGUCCACGGGUACAGGGGCUGCGACUGCAGGAAUAAUCUGUUCUACACUCAGGCCGGUGAGGUGGUGUAUCAUGUGGCGGCUGUGGCUGUGGUGUAUAACAGACAGCAGCACACGCAGCGCUUUUACAUCGGUCAUGACGACGAUAUCCUGAGCCUCACUGUGCAUCCGCUCAAAGAUUAUGUGGCCACCGGACAGGUGGGUCGAGAUCCGGCCAUCCAUGUGUGGGACACCCAGACACUCAAGUGUUUAUCUCUGCUGAAGGGUCAACAUCAGCGCGGGGUUUGUGCUCUGGAGUUCACAGCGGAUGGCAAGAGUUUAGUGUCUGUGGGAAUCGAUGAAGACCACUCCUUAGUCAUCUGGGACUGGAAAAAAGGCGAAAAACUGGCCAAAUCCAGAGGACAUAAAGAUAAGAUCUUUGUGGUGAAAGGAAACCCGUUCCGCAUGGACAAACUGCUGACGGUGGGAAUGAAACACAUCAAGUUCUGGCUGCAUACAGGAGGAGGUUUAACAUUUAAAAGAGGCAUUUUCGGAAAUCUCGGCAAGCAUGAGACCAUGAUGUCCGCCUGCUACGGACGCUCGGAGGACCUGGUGUUUUCUGGGGCGACGACGGGUGACGUGUACAUCUGGAAAGACACGACGCUCAUGAAGAGCAUCAAAGCUCACGACGGGCCUGUGUUUGCCAUGUGCUCUCUGGACAAGGGUUUUGUGACGGGGGGUAAAGAUGGAGUUGUUGAGCUGUGGGACGACAUGUUCGAGAGAUGUCUGAAGACGUACGCUAUCAAGAGGGCGGCGCUCUCGCCUUCAUCUAAGGGGCUGCUGUUGGAGGACAACCCAUCCAUCAAAGCGAUCACUCUGGGACACGGACACAUUCUGGUCGGCACCAAAAACGGAGAGAUCCUGGAGAUCGACAAGAGCGGCCCCAUGACUUUACUCGUACAGGGUCAUAUGGAGGGGGAAGUUUGGGGCCUCGCUGCUCAUCCACUGCUGCCCAUCUGUGCCACUGUGAGUGACGACAAAACGCUGCGGAUCUGGGAGCUUUCGGCCAACCAUCGCAUGGUGGCCGUCCGGAAACUUAAGAGAGGUGCAUUAGCUAAUCUUCUGCCACAUUUGAAAGAUCUCCGAUUCAGAAUCACAGAUGGUUUUGCUGUCCUUCUAAUUCAAAAUAAUCCCACACCUUCUCGUCUUUCGCGUGGUCACUUUUGAGCUCGCCGCAACUGACACGAAGGAAACUCAUGCGAGGUCUGAGGUAAAAUUUUUUUUCGGGUGGGCAUCUGUAAAGGAGCGUCCAGCUGUAUCACACAUGUGGACUGGGACGUCCGCGGAAAACUGCUUCAAGUCAACACUGGUGCCAAAGAGCAGCUAUUUUUUGAAGCGCCACGUGGAAGACGACAAACUAUCAGCAGUUCAGAGUUUGAGAAGAUGGAAUGGGCCACAUGGACGUCAGUGCUGGGUCCCACCUGUGAGGGCAUCUGGCCGACGCUCAGCUUCGUCAACGCCUCUUCACUUACCAAAGACAGGAAGCUGCUGGCCACUGGAGACGACUUUGGCUUCGUCAAGCUCUUCAGCUUCCCCUGCAAGGGUCAGUUUGCCAAGUUUAAAAAGUAUGUGGCUCACAGUGCCAAUGUGACGAACGUUCGAUGGUCCAAUGACGACGCGAUGCUGCUGUCGGUGGGCGGGGCCGACUCGGCCCUCAUGAUCUGGGCGAGAGAGGGGAUUGGUCCACGCGAGAGCAAAGCCGUGGACAGCGAGGAAUCAGACGACGACGCUGAGGAGGAUGGAGGGUACGACAGUGACGUCGCUCGGGAAAAGAGCAUGGAUUACACGACGAAGAUCUACGCUGUCAGUAUACGGCAAAUGACAGGCGUGAAACCACACCAACAACAGAAGGAGAUCCUAGUGGAUGAGCGGCCUCCAGUGAGCCGCGCCGCGCCGUUACCUGACAAACUGGUGAAGAACAACAUCACAAAGAAGAAGAAAAUGGUCGAGGAACUGUCUCUGGAUCACGUGUUUGGCUACAGGGGCUUUGAUUGUCGAAACAACCUUCACUACCUCAAUGAUGGAGCUGACAUCAUCUUCCACACAGCCGCCGCUGCUGUUAUUCAGAACCUCUCUGCUGGAACUCAGAGCUUUUAUCUGGAGCACACGGAUGACAUCCUCUGUCUGACUGUCAAUCAACAUCCCAAAUAUCUCAACAUCAUCGCCACCGGUCAGAUCGGCCUGGCGCCGUCCAUUCACGUGUGGGACGCCAUGAGCAAGCAGACGCUGUCGGUGCUGCGCUGCUCUCAUGCUAAAGGGAUCGGAUACGUCAACUUCAGCGCCACGGGAAAACUGCUGCUGUCUGUGGGAGUGGAUCCGGAGCACACCAUCACUGUGUGGAGAUGGCAGGAAGGCUCUAGGGUUUGCAGUAAGGGCGGUCACAGCGACCGGAUCUUCGUGGUGGAGUUCAGGCCUGACUCGGACACUCAGUUUGUGUCGGUGGGAAUCAAACACAUCAAGUUCUGGACGCUGGUGGGAGGCUCUCUGCUCUAUAAGAAAGGUGUGAUCGGAGCGGUGGAGGACGGGCGCAUGCAGACCAUGCUGUCUGUAGCCUUUGGAGCCAAUAACCUGACGUUCACGGGGGCCAUAAACGGUGACGUGUACGUGUGGCGGGAGCACUUCCUGGUGCGUGUGGUGGCUAAAGCUCAUACAGGACCAGUGUUCACCAUGUACACCACGCUCAGAGACGGACUCAUAGUGACUGGAGGCAAAGAGAGACCGACUAAAGAGGGCGGCGCUGUGAAACUGUGGGAUCAGGAAAUGAAGAGAUGCAGAGCGUUUCAGCUGGAGACAGGACUUCCUGUUGAGACGGUCAGAUCUGUGUGCAGAGGAAAGGGAAAGAUCUUGGUGGGAACGAAGGAUGGCGAGAUCAUCGAGGUGGGAGAGAAGAACGCCGCCUCCAACACCAUGAUCAACGGACACACGCAGGGACGCAUCUGGGGUCUGGCCACACACCCCUCCAAAGACGUCUUCAUUUCUGCCAGCGAUGAUGGAACCAUCCGCAUCUGGGACCUGGCGGAUAAGAAACUCCUGAAUAAAGUCAGUCUGGGUCAUCCGGCAAAGUGCACAGCGUACAGUCCGAACGGUGAGAUGGUGUCCAUCGGGAUGGAGAACGGAGAGUUCAUCGUGCUGCUGGUGAAUUCUCUGACCGUAUGGGGCAAGAAGAGAGACCGCAGCGUGGCCAUCCAGGACAUACGGUUCGGCUCUGAUAACCGGCUGCUGGCUGUCGGCUCGGUGGAGUGCGCUGUCGAUUUCUACGAUCUGACUCUGGGGCCGUCUCUAAACCGGAUCGGCUACUGCAAAGAUAUUCCUGGAUUUGUGAUCCAGCUGGACUUCUCUGCUGACAGCAAAUACAUCGAGGUCUCUACCGGUUCAUACAAGCGGCAGGUUCAUGAGGUUCCCAGCGGGAAGAUCGUCACAGAGCAAGCCCUGAUUGACCGGAUCACCUGGGCGACCUGGACCAGUGUUCUGGGUGACGAGAUUUUGGGCAUCUGGCCGCGUAACGCAGAGAAAGCAGACGUGAACUGCGCCUGUGUUUCUCACGCCGGGCUGAACGUGGUCACCGGAGAUGACUUUGGACUCGUGAAGCUCUUCGACUUCCCCUGCUCCGAGAAAUUUGCCAAACACAAGCGUUACUUCGGCCACUCUGCCCACGUGACCAACAUCCGUUUCUCUUAUGACGACAAAUAUGUGAUAAGUGUAGGAGGCAACGACUGUAGUGUGUUCGUGUGGAGAUGCAUCUGAUGGGCCUCCACACAGCUGGGAAUCUCUCCUCCAAACACCAAGCCGGAGAUACCUCCAGCGUCCGGAUGCUGCACUUCUGUUAUGCUGCGUUUUACCCCUCUAGACCUGAUGGAUCCUGGACGAGCUUGAGUUCGAAGAGGGGUUUUUUACCAUUCUGUGAAGUGCAAUGUUUACGCUCUUACAAAGAAAAAAAAGAUACACUCAUAAGUCAUGCCAAUAUUUCAGAAAUAAAUUUAUUUUUUGUUCGGAUUCUGAAGUGCCUUGGAGACAGUUUGCUGAUCUUUUCCCCGAGAUGUUCAUAUGCAUAUAUGGUGCUAAAUGUCCACUUAAAGCUUUUUAAAA